AUGAUCAUACCAUACUUGGCCAGGCCAUAUGUAAAUAUAUAUGUACCGAACACCAAUAGUGUCCCAAUUUGGUUAAGCGAUAAUGUGCAAUUAUUUGUUAAACGAUUAUUUAUGAAACAAGUGGUUCCCCAACCUAUUUAUGUAUCUGAGACUAUAGAUUAUAUGAAAGUGACAAAAAUUCCACAAAUUUCUCUAAUGGGCAUGUCAAACUGUGGAAAAUCUAGCCUAAUAAAUUCACUAAUACACAACGUUCCCCUUGAACAUCCAUUGCAAAAACAUAUGUCAAAUGCCAAAAUGCUUAACAUGCCUACUUACGCUCCAGUAUCGGAUAAACCAGGCCGUACUAGACACUUAUUUACAUUCAAUCUGGAUAAUAGUUUAUCAAUUGUUGAUUUACCAGGAUACGGAUUUGCCAAGGGUCAAUUUAAAACGCUUAAUACUUGGAACAAAUUGAUAGAAAAAUAUCUCAGUAGAGCCACCAAUUUGAAACGCAUAUUAUCCCUGGUGGAUUCUAGGAAGGGGAUUACUGAACUUGACAUAGAAUUGUGGGAAAUGUUAAAAAGCUACAAAAUACCCUUCCACGUAAUAUUCACAAAAGUGGAUAUGCUUACAAGCGUCGAGUUGCACAAUUUGAAUGGCACAGCAAUUGAAUUGCUAAGAGGAUACAGUAGUUGUGUAUUUAACUAUUUAAACUGUACAUCGUCUAAGAACAUGUUGGGCAUUUUAGAACUAAAAUGUACCAUAGCACAUUUAGUACAUGAGGAAAGAUGUAAAAAUAAUAUCUUAAAUAAUUGA